AUGACUGUUAAUCAAUCUGCUGUUCUUGUCAUCGUCCAGUACGAUCUAUGUCCGCCUGGCCCCGUGCCAUCUGUGCUUUUGGACCCUAACCGUAGCGGUAGGUUCGACCGCGCCGUCCGCUCGCGCACGCCUCGCAAUCCCUAUGACAGUAGACCGUACUCACCUUCGAAUAAGGUACAAAACGCUUCGAGCACGGCGCGUGCACUAGCCGACUGCGCGGACACUGCUUUCGGCAUCGGCCGCGGUGAGCGGUUGACGGCUGUCGGCUCCCGCGGCGGCCAUCUUGGCGCGCUGUGGCGGCAAACC